UCCUGCGCGCACAGUUCCGUUUCUGAGUAUACCAAACGGAUGUUUGCAUUCAGAUAUUUAUAUCCCUUAUAAUAUCGUUUUGUUGUAUCUGUGCAGACCUAUGCUGAAACAUUGUUAAUGUGAGAGGCCACACGUCUGCCGAGGGAGACUACCAAAAAGGUCGGCUUGUUAACGUUAGUUUACCAAAGAGAGUCGACUGCAACUGACUUGAUAGCACAGUGAUAAUGGUGGGUUGGUGUGCUGUACCGGGUUGUAACACACAGGAAGAUGAAGAUAUUCUUUAUCAUUGCUUGCCGGCGAAUGAUGUGCAAAGAUGCAGACGAUGGUUAGCAGCCAUACAAAAGGAUGUAAAUUUACCAGUGGAAAGGCAUAAACAUUUCUUAGUGUGUGAACACCACUUCAGACCAGAGGAAUAUGAAAAGGAUUUGAUGGCAGAGAAGAUGGGCGCCAAACAUAAGAAAAAGCUUAAAUCCACCGCGAUUCCCACCAUAUUUCCAUGGACUGAUUACAUUUUGAAGAGAAUUCAGCCACACAGAAAACAUUUGAAUGCGCCCGGAAGUGAAAUGUUUCUGAGUGCAGUUGGCAGACUUGGUGCCAAACCAAAAGGUGAGCCUGGUACUACAACAACAGGAGCAGCAUCCCGGAUGUCAACAUCAGUGAUCCAACAACCUGCUGUAGUUCCUGUUGCUUUUUCAACACAGACUGUGAAGAGUGCAGUUGGCAGACUUGGUGCCAAACCAAAAGGUGAGCCUGGUACUACAACAACAGGAGCAGCAUCCCGGAUGUCAACAUCAGUGGUCCAACAACCUGCUGUAGUUCCUGUUGCUUUUUCAACACAGACUGUGAAGAGUGCAGUCGGCAGACUUGGUGCCAAACCAAAAGGUGAGCCUGGUACUACAACAACAGGAGCAGCAUCCCGGAUGUCAACAUCAGUGGUCCAACAACCUGCUGUAGUUCCUGUUGCUUUUUCAACACAGACUGUGAAGAGUGCAGUUGGCAGACUUGGUGCCAAACCAAAAGGUGAGCCUGGUACUACAACAACAGGAGCAGCAUCCCGGAUGUCAACAUCAGUGGUCCAACAACCUGCUGUAGUUCCUGUUGCUUUUUCAACACAGACUGUGAAGAGUGCAGUUGGCAGACUUGCUAGUGGGCAGACGACAACAACAACGACAACAACAACAACAACAACAACAGGAUCCCGAAGGUAUCAAACUUAUAAAGAUGCAAAAGUCAGUUUUCGUGUCGGCUCAUCUCUACGAACAAGAGUACUUACCGGACCGUGGGAGACAGUUGCAGAUAAUUUAGUGCGGGGUCGUUUCAAAGCUAUCCCCAAAAACCUAAUGGCAAUCCCUGGCCUGGGCCACGCGAUGUUGGAGGAAGUGCUGAAGUUGGUAACUAAAGAAUGCGUCACCUUAGUUUCUAUGCGUUUUAACUCAGUACUACGCCAGACUAGUCCCCUUUCACUUAAAACCUUCAACUGGACCACUGUGACCGAUGAGUGGAAGAACUCAGCUCCAACCUUCUUCCGGUUUCUAUCCACUAGCUCAGCUACAGCGGACUUGAAUCCAAAUACACCCAAAUCAGCAAAAAGUUCUAUGGUGGCCAUGGCUGGUGCCUUACUACUUAGGGCUCGUUCAAAGAAUAUGUGUGCAGCCAUGUACAGGACCUCAAUGUUGCUACGGCAAGGACGAACCAGGACGAGAUGCCAAAACAAGCUUGCAAAAAUGGGAGUUUGUGUUUCAAGUCACAGUAGCUUAACAAAGAGGAGAGAAAUUACAUUAUCUUAUGAUAAAGACUUUGCUGCCUGCCAUACCCGGACCGCUAUUGAAGACCAACCAAUAAGCCUACUGACCAGCCCACCCUAUCCAGUGAUGACACCUUUGUCACUGGAGGAUGGAGAUCCCGGUUGCUCUGGAGAGAAUGUAGCAGAGACUACUGUUGUGUUGCCGGGCAGUGACGAUGAAGAUGCCACUGCGCUGACGGAUGAGGAGUUCUGGCAGUUCUCCAGGGAGCAGGAUGAAGAUGAGGAUGAUGAGGAUGAAAAGGAGAACAAGACUGUGUACAGGAAGUCAGUCCAGCGGAAACGGGGAAAACGGCUCUCUGCGAAGAAGUUCUUCAAAGUGCAAAAGAAAAAUAAAGCUGUGCAAACACGUCCUCAUGGAACCAGCGUCGAUGUUUCUCCUGAGAGUGGUGACCUGUGUGUGAACAGAGACUGUCUCCUGCAUCUCUUCCGGUGGUGCAGGAGGUGUGGAUUUGAGUGCAAGGUCAGCUUGCAGGGCCAACAGAGGAGCUUCUCUGUCAUUCAGAUGUGCCCAAUAUGCAGUCACACCAGGAAGUGGAUGAGCCAUCCUUUUGUUGCUGAGGAAACCUCUGGAGAAAGAGAGACGGAGCUACUGGAUGGAGAGGAACCAUGUAAGGACAGAGACCAGGAUGACAGUUGUUCGUUGACGAUGGAAAUCACUGAGGAGAUGUGUGACUAUGAUGAGGAAGUCUGUCCUCGGAGGAAAAGGGGAAAGGAGAGAUCAGAUGAGAGAUCAGAUGAGACCGAGUGGGAGCCGUCUGAUGAGGAAGACAUUGUAAUGGACUCUGAUUCUUCUGAGGAUUUGGAAAUGGCAGGUUCCUCUGGUCUAACAGAAAAGGCCGACGUUGAUAAUUCUCAGAGCGGAAUAGAGAAAGAAGAGAGACUUGUGGAGUGGUGUACUGACUGUGGAGCCGAGCCCGUACUCGCCUGCACCACACAGCGCCAUAAGAAACUGUACGCCUGUGGUGUGUGUGUGAGUGAGAUCCAACAAGCUGUUGGAUUUGACCGAUUCUACAUGCAGUUCGAGGACCCGGACAGCUUCAAGGAACAUGUACGACGGGAACACAACACACAACCUCAUAGGUUGCUCUGUACAGACUCCAGCAAGCGUCACAUCAAGAAGGAUCAUUUGUGUGUGUACAAGAUUAAGAAGCUCCGCUGUCGAGAUUGUAGUAAACGCCGUCUGAGUGAACAGGGUCUGUGGAGUCACAGACGUCUCCAUCAGAAAGGCUGUGUUUACCCAUGUAAGUUCUGCCUCAAGCCAUUCAGGACCAAACAGGACAAGCUUACCCACGAGGAGAACCAUCGGCAUCCGUAUCAUUGCUCAGAAUGCUCAGAAAGAUUCAAGAACAUUAGACUACGGAACAGACACCUUCAGAGCCACAGAGGUCCAACGACAGCCGUCCACAGUGGCCAGAAGCCCCACAAGUGCCAGCUGUGCCGACGCUCGUAUGCCCAGCCGAGCCACCUCAAGUCCCACAUGCGCCUCCACACAGGGGAGAGGCCUUUCAAGUGCCAGCAGUGUGAGAAGUGCUUCAAUUACAGCGUCAGUCUGAAGAACCACAUCCAACUCUAUCAUGGCCCCGGCUCUCAGGAGCAGGAGAGUUGGGAGACAAACUGUGGGACGGAGCAGGAGAGAGAGCAGGAGAGAGAGGAGGAGAGAGAGCGCAAGCGUCACUUUAAGAAGGAUAAUUUGUGUAUGUACAAGAUCAAGAAGCUCUGCUGUCUAGACUGUGGUAAACGCUGUCUGAGUGAACAGGGUCUGAAGUGUCACAGACAUCUCCACCAGAAAGGCAGUGUUUACCCAUGUAAGUUCUGCCUCGUGUCAUUCAAAACCAAACAGGACAAGCUUACCCACGAGGAGAACCAUCGGCAUCCUUAUCAGUGCUCGGAAUGCUCAGAAAGAUUCAAGAACAUUAAUCUACGGGACAGACACCUUCAGAGCCACAGAGGUUCAAAGAGAUACAUUUGUGACAUCUGCGACAAACGUUUCUUCCAGCUUAAACACCUCCAGAAACAUACAGCCGUCCACAGUAGGCAGAGACCCCACACGUGCCAGCUCUGCCAACGCUCGUUCACUGAAAAGAGACACCUCAGGGCCCACAUGCGCUCCAAGUGCCAGCAGUGUGAGAAGUGUUUCAAUCGCAUAGUCCAUCUGAAGAGCCACAUCCAACGGCAUCAUGGCCCCGGCUCUCAGAAGCAGGGAAAGGGAGGGGGAGAGUCAGGAACUAAACUCUAGUACUGAGCAGGAGAGAGAGUAGGAGGGGAAGAGUCAGGAACUAAACUCUAGUACUGAGCAGGAGAGAGAGUAGGAGGGAGAGAGUCAAGAACUAGACUCUAGUACUGAGCAGGAGAGAGAGUAGGAGGGGAAGAGUCAGGAACUAAACUCUAGUACUGAGCAGGAGAGAGAGUAGGAGGGGAAGAGUCAGGAACUAAACUCUAGUACUGAGCAGGAGAGAGAGUAGGAGGGGAAGAGUCAGGAACUAAACUCUAGUACUGAGCAGGAGAGAGAGUAGGAGGGGAAGAGUCGGGAACUAAACUCUAGUACUGAGCAGGAGAGAGAGUAGGAGGGGAAGAGUCAGGAACUAAACUCUAGUACUGAGCAGGAGAGAGAGUAGGAGGGGAAGAGUCAGGAACUAAACUCUAGUACUGAGCAGGAGAGAGAGUAGGAGGGGGAGAGUCAAGAACUAGACUCUAGUACUGAGCAGGAGAGAGAGUAGGAGGGGGAGAGUCAAGAACUAGACUCUAGUACUGAGCAGGAGAGAGAGUAGGAGGGGGAGAGUCAGGAACUAAACUCUAGUACUGAGCAGGAGAGAGAGUAGGAGGGGAGAGUCAAGAACUAGACUAGUACUGAGCAGGAGAGAGAGUAGGAGGGGGGGAGUCAGGAACUAGACUCUAGUACUGAGCAGGAGCAAGAGUAGGAGGGGGAGAGUCAGGAACUAGACUCUAGUACUGAGCAGGAGAGAGUGUAGGAGGGGGAGAGUCAGGAACUAGACUCUAGUACUGAGCAGGAGAGAGAGUAGGAGGGGGAGAGUCGGGAACUAGACUCUAGUACUGAGCAGGAGAGAGAGUAGGAGGGGGAGAGUCAGGAACUAGACUCUAGUACUGAGCAGGAGAGAGUGUAGGAGGGGGAGAGUCAGGAACUAGACUCUAGUACUGAGCAGGAGAGAGUGUAGGAGGGGGAGAGUCAGGAACUAGACUCUAGUACUGAGCAGGAGAGAGUGUAGGAGGGGGAGAGUCAGGAACUAGACUCUAGUACUGAGCAGGAGAGAGUGUAGGGGGGGGAGAGUCAGGAACUAGACUCUAGUACUGUGCAGGAGAGAUUGUAGGAGGGGGAGUCAAGAACUAGACUCUAGUACUGAGCAGGAGAGAGAGUAGGAGGGGGGGAGUCAAGAACUAAACUAUAGUACUGAGCAGGAGAGAGAGUAGGAGGGGGGGGGGGGGGUCAGGAACUAGACUCUAGUACUGAGCAGGAGAGAGUGUAGGAGGGGGAGAGUCAGGAACUAGACUCUAGUACUGAGCAGGAGAGAGAGUAGGAGGGGAAGAGUCAGGAACUAAACUCUAGUACUGAGCAGGAGAGAGAGUAGGAGGGGAAGAGUCAGGAACUAAACUCUAGUACUGAGCAGGAGAGAGAGUAGGAGGGGGAGAGUCAGGAACUAGACUCUAGUACUGAGCAGGAGAGAGUGUAGGAGGGGGAGAGUCAGGAACUAGACUCUAGUACUGAGCAGGAGAGAGAGUAGGAGGGGGAGAGUCGGGAACUAGACUCUAGUACUGAGCAGGAGAGAGAGUAGGAGGGGGAGAGUCAGGAACUAGACUCUAGUACUGAGCAGGAGAGAGUGUAGGAGGGGGAGAGUCAGGAACUAGACUCUAGUACUGAGCAGGAGAGAGUGUAGGAGGGGGAGAGUCAGGAACUAGACUCUAGUACUGAGCAGGAGAGAGUGUAGGAGGGGGAGAGUCAGGAACUAGACUCUAGUACUGAGCAGGAGAGAGUGUAGGGGGGGGAGAGUCAGGAACUAGACUCUAGUACUGUGCAGGAGAGAUUGUAGGAGGGGGAGUCAAGAACUAGACUCUAGUACUGAGCAGGAGAGAGAGUAGGAGGGGGGGAGUCAAGAACUAAACUAUAGUACUGAGCAGGAGAGAGAGUAGGGG